AUGUCAGGAGGUAAAGGAAAAGCAGGCUCAACAGAAAAAGCUUCAACUUCAAGAUCAGCUAAAGCUGGUUUGACUUUCCCAGUAGGUAGAGUCCAUAGAUUAUUGAGAAAAGGUAACUAUGCUCAAAGAAUCGGUUCUGGUGCUCCAGUUUAUUUGACUUCAGUCUUGGAAUAUUUGGCUGCAGAAAUCUUGGAAUUGGCCGGUAACGCUGCUAGAGACAAUAAGAAAUCAAGAAUCAUCCCAAGACAUUUGCAAUUGGCCAUCAGAAAUGAUGAAGAAUUGAACAAAUUAUUGGGCCACGUUACAAUCGCCCAAGGUGGUGUAUUACCAAACAUCCACCAAUCAUUGUUGCCUGCUAAAAAAUCAAAACCAGGUGCUUCUCAGGAAUUGUAA